UCGAGAAACUGUUGCAAUCGAUGACAGUCCCCCGCAAUAUUUCUGACGACGAAGAACAGGUAGAAGAAGAAGAUAAUGCAAACGAAAAAAAUAUCGUAGAAAUGGCUGCUCCGGACGCACCACCCGAUUUCCGGCUUGAAUACAUCGGAGGUUUUGUGCAGAAGAGUCUGAAAUUAAAACCGGAAAAAUGGGGAAGGCUAUUAUUAACCGAGGAGUAUCGAAAUGUGGUACUAGACUUUUUGGACAAGCCGUUACCAGCCGCCCUUUUUGUCGUCCUAACACCGAACGCACAGUUGGUGGCAUCAUCGAAUUUUCCCAUGCCGUGCCAGAGAACAAAGGGUGUUUACGCAGUCAAGGUAAAGCAAGUGUCGCUGCCUAAAGACAAGGAGGGAUGCUCGGCCAUGUUGAUCGUGGGAGAUCUAUCCCAUCGGAUCGUCGAUCAAUUGGCUACGUUGGUGGAUAAUAUUUUCGCUCCCCUUCUCACCAAGCCGGAAAACCAUAAGGACUUGCCGGAAGUAGCUAUUCACGAUAUAUGUAAGCACGUGCACGCUCUCCGCGGUACGUUGUAUCAGGUGAAGGGCCAAGUGAACGGGAGAACUGUGCUACCGAUGCCAGCGGGUCUCGAGAAGGUGACGGAAGUCGAGAGAUUGGUCUCCACGGAGGGACCGCAGUCGGUUGACUUGUAUCUGAAAAGUGCUAUAGAGGGUGUGGUGAUAAAAUGGGCUUACUUAGUAAACGACGUGGUCACUCAUGAAUCUAGCAUCGCGUUUGAAAACGGGCAGAAUCCCACGCCCAAUGUCGAGCUGGAAUACUGGUUCACCAGAUUGGCAAAUUUGAGAUACAUUUACGAUCAACUGCAAGAAGACCGUGUGAUAAAAAUGGCAUCAAUUCUCGAGAAGACUGACAGCGCGUACUAUCCCUGUUUUCGUACAUUGUUCGAUAAUGUUGUCUCUUCAUUGGACGAGGCAAAAGAUAUAGCGUUGUAUUUAACGCCUUUAACGAAAUGUUUUAAGUCUGUAGAAGAGAUUGACUUCUCCGAAGCCAAGCCGCUUAUGGCAACCUUGAUACACUCGCUCGGAUUAGCAUGGGCAAAAUGUACGAGUUAUCAAAGCUCUGGCAAGCUUAUCAUUAUACUUCGACAGAUAUGCAAUUUAUUGAUACAGGAGGCACGUCGAUUUCUCGAUCCAACGUCGAUUUUUCAGAGUGACGUCGACGAAGCUCUUCAACGAGUGAAAAUAUCAAAAGAAGUUUUGGAGGAAUUCAAACAACAGUUCGAACUGAGGAAACACAUGCCUGGCUUGAAACCGGAAGCCCCACCUUGGACAUUUAAUUCGACCGCCGUCUUCACUCGUCUCGAUGCCUUCUUGAAACGGUUAGCGGAUAUCGAGUGGCUCUUCGAUACCGUCCUCGAAUUUUCCAAGUUGGAGAAGAUUGAAAUAGGUGGCAUUCUCGGGCGAUCCUUGAGCACAAGGAUCAUAAGCGUGUUCAAAGAAUUUCAGCAACUUUUCGUUUCUUUCACUGUGAGAGCCAGCGACGUUCUCGAGCCAGACGACGAAUCUUUUGUCGUCGACUGCACUAAGUUCGCGGAAUCUAUCACUGAUCUUGAUAGCAAAUUGGCAGCAAUUUUGUGUCAGGCUUUCGACGACUGUGGCAAUCUUGAAAGUGUUUUUAAGUUGAUGAAUAUCGCCGGAUCCGUGCUCGAGCGUCCUGUUAUACGCAAACAAUUUCUGAAUCGAUACACCAGGAUCCUCGAACUUUUGAACAUGGAACUUUCGGUGGUCGAAGUCCUGUUCAACCGCGGCACUAGAGGUGCUUUGACUAGUCUGCCGCCUUUAGCAGCUGCCUUAACGUUCACUAGCAUGCUGAAGCAGCGUGUUGACUUGCCCAUACAAUCAUUCAAAGCCAUGCCACACCCUAUCGUGCACAACGACGAAGGCAAGAAUAUAAUGGCACGUUACGAAAGACUGGUAAAAAUAUUUGCUGAUAAGGAGGACAAUCUUUUCACUGAAUGGGCGCGAAUAGUACCGCAAACCGUUGACGUCGGCCUUAACCGUCAUUUGGUUUGUAGAGAAAUCGACGGCAUUUUAUUACUAAAUUUCGAUCCCGAUCUUCUCGCGGUGUUGAAAGAAGUAAAUUACUUAAAACAGAUGUCACGUUCAGACAUUCCGCAAGAAGCAAUUAAGGUAUCGAAAAGUGCGGAGACGUUCAGGAAAUUUCGUACGAUGCUAAGUAGCACAGUCGACUCGUAUAAUAACAUACGCAAAACAACAAGGCGGGUAGAAUUUGACUUAAUCGAGUUGGAAGUAGCGAGAAUCGAUUCCCUGAUAUCUCGAGGAGAGGACGAGCUGUGCUGGAGAUCAGACGGGCUUCUGGAAUAUAUAACGGAAUUGGGCGGUCUCGUGGAAGGGCUGUGGAAGCGCAUGAAAGUCGCCCAAUCGAACGUGGAAAAGAUCAGAAGUAUUUUAGAACCUUGGACGAAAACGCCCCUCAUAGAACGAAAGGAUCGUCGUAAAGACACACUGCUGGCCUUGGAGGAUCGUUCGGAAAAAGUAUCGAAACGUUACGCGGAGAUCACAAAAGCAGCCGAGCAGAUACACUCGAUACUGGAGGAAAAUAAAACUCUCUUCCAAAUUAGCGAGACUGAACAGGAAGCUUGGCAACAAUACGUGAAAUACAUCGACGACAUCGUGAUCGAGUCUCUUCGAAAAGCAGUUGGAUGCUCCUUAGGCUAUUUGGCAGAAAGCAUGGAUCCAAUCGGUCAGUGCGAAGCAUUGCUCGAAGCAAAAUUAGAGCUCAGAGAGCCAGAUUUAUAUUAUAUGCCGUCAUUGGAACCUGAAGAUCCCGAUGGACUCGAUCAGCUGAUUCUCGGCUUGUUAAACGACAUUACUGGUAUGGCCGCCUUGGUGCCGCGAUUAAAGAGUGAUUUCGCAGGAUACGCUGAAGAACUGAGACACGAUGACGAUAUCAAAGGAAUGAAAGAUGAGAUAUUGACAAGUGUAGCUACCGCCGUGGAGGAGGCUACUGACUUUUGCAGCAAUUUCGAGGGCUACGCCUAUCUAUGGCUGGAUGACAGAGAUGUUGUGAUGCAACAAUUCCUGGAAUAUAGCCGGCAAUUGUCAAUGGAGGAAAUGGACAUGGUGGCGGUUCAGGACCCCAAAGGGCCGACGAAGUCGCCGCCGAAAAUGGACCAAUUCCGUGAACAAAUCGACCUUUACGAGAGCCUCUAUCUCGAGAUCGAGGAAAUGGAUCUGUCUAAAGUAUUUCGCGGAUGGUUCAGGGUAGACCUAAGACCCUUCAGACAGUCGGUACUGAACACUGUGUGCAAAUGGUCGAGCAUGUUCAAAAAACAUUUGGUCGAUCGUGUAACAACCAGCCUCUCGGAUCUCGGAGCGUUCAUUCGAUUAGCGGACCAGGGACUGUUGCAGCAAGUACAACCAGGCGAUUACGUUGCUCUAGUCAGCAUAAUGGGCUUUCUACUGCAAGUGAAGGAACGUCAGCCGACUACGGAUGAGAUGUUCCACCCAUUAGAGGAAACUAUUGAGUUGCUCAAGUUCUACGAUCAAGAUAUACCGGAAGAAGUAAACGUGCUGCUGCAAGAGUUGCCGGAGCAAUGGGCAAAUACGAAAAAGCUCGCUCUUAUGGUGAAGCAGCAAGUUGCGCCGCUGCAAGCAGGUGAAGUCUCCAGAAUUCGCGGUCGGAUCUCCGCGUUCGAUAUUACGAUAGGCCAAUAUCGAGAAGCAUUUCGACGAUACACAUUUUUCAAGUACGACUGCAAGAAUCCGUAUGAACUAUCAGACGAAGCGCACAAGGAGAUACUCAUGUUGGAACGCCAAAUGAAGGACAUACAGGAGUCCGCCUCGCUGUUCGAGGUGACAGUGCCCGAAUUUAAGCAGCUGAGGCAGUGCAGGAGAGAGCUGAAAAUGCUUAAGCAGCUCUGGGAUUAUGUAAAUAUAGUGCAGAGUAGUAUCGAGGGGUGGAAGACGACGCCCUGGAGGAAAAUUGACGUGGAGAAUAUGGACAUCGAGUGCAAGAAGUUCGCAAAGGAGAUACGCGCGCUGGACAAAGAAAUGCGAUCUUGGGACACAUACGUAUCACUGGAAGCCACGGUAAAGAACAUGCUUACGUCACUGCGUGCCGUGGGAGAAUUGCAAAAUCCAGCUAUUCGAGAGAGGCACUGGCGACAACUGAUGAAUAGUACCAAGGUUCGUUUCGUAAUGGACGAAUCGACGACUCUAGCCGAUCUGCUCGAAUUGAAUCUCCACGAAUGCGAGGAAGAAGUUAAAAAUAUCGUGGAUAAAGCGGUUAAGGAAAUGUCCAUGGAGAAAUAUAUGAAAGAAUUAAAAAUUACGUGGUCGAAAAUGGAAUUCGAACGGGAAGUUCACAGUCGGACAGGUGCUACUUUAAUAAGAGCCAGCGAAGAAUUGAUCGAAACUUUAGAAGAGAACCAGGUGCAAUUACAAAAUCUAAUCACCUCGAAAUUCAUCGCGCAUUUCCUGGAGGAGGUGUCAUCGUGGCAAAAGAAACUGAGUAUCGCCGAUCAAGUGACAACAGUAUGGUUCGAAGUUCAGCGCACCUGGAUGCACCUUGAGAGCAUUUUCAUGUCCUCCGAGGAUAUCCGACGGCAGUUGCCGGUGGACGCCGAGAGGUUUGAUCACAUCGACAAACAGUUUAAGGAGAUGACGGAGGAGAUGGCGAAAACGCCGAACGUCGUUGAAGCGACGAAUAAGGACGGUCUUGUAUCCUCUUUGGACGUUUUGCAAAAAGGACUCGUAUUAUGCGAGAAAGCCUUGGCGGAGUAUCUGGAAACGAAGCGCCUCGCUUUUCCACGAUUCUAUUUUGUUUCUUCCAGCGAUUUGCUGGAUGUACUUUCAAACGGGAAUCAACCGGAAAUAGUGGCAAAACACUUGACAAAGCUGUUCGAUUCUAUGGCGCGUUUGAAUUUCGACGACAAGAACACCUCGUUAAAACGCGUUCUAGGCAUGUUUGCUAAAGACGGCGAAUAUGUAGUAUUCGCAAACUGUGAGAUGAUUUGCGAGGGGCCCGUGGAGGCAUGGUUGAAUCGUCUCCAGAGCGCAAUGCGCGUGUCUAUCCGCCACUACUUCAGCGAAGCGGUGGUGACGUACGAGGAGAAGCCGCGAGAGCAAUGGUUGUUUGACUAUCCGGCGCAGGUAUCCCUCUGCGGGACGCAAAUCUGGUGGACCACCGAGGUCAACAUAGCCUUCGGGCGUCUCGAGGAAGGCUACGACAACUCCAUCAAGGACUACUUGAAGAAACAGAUCUCUCAGCUGAGCACUCUGAUCACGCUGCUGAUAGGAGAGUUGACCAAGCAAGAGAGGCAGAAGGUCAUGACCAUCUGUACGAUCGACGUGCACUCGAGGGAUGUUGUGACGAAGCUGGUGCAGUCGAAAGUGGAAAGCGCGCAGGCUUUUCAAUGGCAGAGUCAAUUGCGUCAUAGAUGGGAUGAGAAGGAAAAGGAUUGCUUCGCAAACAUUUGCGACGCGCAGUUCAAAUACUCGCACGAGUACCUGGGUAAUACGCCCAGAUUGGUCAUAACGCCGUUGACAGACAGGUGCUACAUAACUCUGACGCAAUCCCUGCACCUCGUCAUGGGCGGCGGUCCAGCUGGACCGGCCGGAACCGGAAAGACCGAGACGACGAAAGAUUUGGGCAGAGCUCUCGGCAUAAUGGUGUACGUGUUCAAUUGCUCCGAGCAGAUGGAUUACAAAUCUUGCGGCAAUAUAUACAAGGGAUUGGCGCAGACCGGCGCGUGGGGUUGCUUCGACGAGUUCAAUAGAAUCACCGUCGAAGUGCUGUCGGUGGUCGCCGUGCAAGUGAAGUCGAUUCAAGACGCCAUACGAGAUAAGAAGGAGAAAUUCAAUUUCAUGGGCGAGAUGAUCGGCCUCGAGCCGACCGUCGGCAUAUUCAUCACUAUGAAUCCCGGUUACGCCGGCCGUACAGAAUUGCCGGAGAAUCUGAAGGCCCUCUUUCGUCCCUGCGCCAUGGUGGUGCCUGAUUUCGAGCUGAUAUGCGAGAUCAUGUUGGUGGCCGAGGGAUUUCAGGACGCGCGGGUGCUCGCGAGGAAAUUUAUCACCCUGUACACGUUGUGCAAAGAAUUGUUAUCUAAGCAGGAUCAUUACGACUGGGGUUUGAGAGCGAUAAAAUCGGUCCUGGUGGUCGCCGGUAGCUUGAAGAGAGGCGAUCCCGGCCGACCCGAGGAAGAGGUGUUAAUGAGAGCUCUGAGAGACUUCAACAUUCCUAAAGUGGUGUCGGACGAUUUGCCGGUCUUCAUGGGAUUGAUAGCGGACUUAUUCCCAGCGCUUGACGUUCCCAGAAAAAGAGACGUCGAGUUCGAGAAGAUGGUGAAGCAAGCGGCCGCCGAUCUGAGCUUGCAACCGGAAGACGGCUUCAUUCUUAAAGUCGUGCAGCUCGAGGAGCUGCUGGAAGUGAGACACUCCGUCUUUAUCGUCGGUAUAGCUGGCUCUGGCAAAACUCAGGUGUGGAAGUCGCUGUUUAAGACUUAUCAUAAUGUAAAGAGGCGGCCGGUGUACAACGAUCUCAAUCCCAAAGCGGUGACCAACGAUGAGCUCUUCGGGAUCAUAAAUCCAGCGACGCGCGAAUGGAAAGACGGUCUCUUUUCGGUGAUCAUGCGAGAGCAGGCCAAUCUGGGCGGCGAGAAUCCGAAGUGGAUCGUGUUGGACGGUGACAUCGAUCCGAUGUGGAUUGAAUCUCUGAACACCGUCAUGGAUGACAACAAGGUCCUCACGUUGGCCAGCAACGAGCGAAUCGCGCUGACGCCGGCUAUGAGACUGCUGUUCGAAAUCUCGAAUCUGAGAACCGCCACGCCCGCCACGGUGUCCCGAGCAGGUAUUUUGUACAUAAAUCCGCAGGAUUUAGGAUGGAACCCGUACGUGACUAGCUGGGUCGAGAAGCGGCCGUUGCCGAACGAGAAGUCGAACCUCGUCAUGCUGUUCGACAAGUACAUCCCCACUUGUCUCGAGACUCUGAGGACCAGGUUUAAGAAAAUAACGCCCAUAGCGGACAUGGCGCACGUCGAGAUGCUGUGCCAUCUUCUUCACUGCCUUCUGAAACCGGAAUUGACGGCCGGCGACUUUUACAAAGAAUAUUACGAGCUCUACUUCGUGUUCGCCGCUGUUUGGGCGUUCGGCUCCGCCAUGUUUCAAGAUCAAACCGUGGAUUAUCGAGUGGAGUUUACUAAAUGGUGGGUCAACGAAUUCAAGCAUGUGAAAUUUCCGCCGCAAGGAACGGUCUUCGAUUACUACAUCGACAACGAGACGAAGAGUUUCGUUCCCUGGACGGAACGACUUCCGAAGUUCGAGCUCGAUCCGGAAAUACCUCUGCAAGCCGUUCUGGUUUACACGUCGGAGUCCAUUCGAAUCAAAUACUUUCUCGAUUUAUUGAUGCCGGAGAAGCAUCCUAUAAUGUUAGUCGGCACGGCUGGUUGCGGUAAGACCGUCCUUGUCGCCGAGAAGCUUCUUCAUCUUUCGGAAAAUUAUGCAGUCUCCAACGUGCCGUUCAACUUUUAUACCUCAUCCGAGAUGCUGCAAAAGAUCCUGGAGAAAUCGUUGGAGAAGAAGGCCGGCAGAAAUUACGGACCGCCGGGAAAUAAAACUUUGGUGUAUUUCAUCGACGACAUGAACAUGCCGGAAGUGGAUACGUACGGCACCGUUCAGCCUCAUACGCUCAUCAGACAACAUUUGGAUUAUGGUCACUGGUACGAUCGUACCAAAUUGACUCUCAAAGACAUUCAUAAUUGUCAAUACAUUAGUUGUAUGAAUCCGACCGCUGGAUCGUUUACAAUUAAUCCGAGAUUGCAAAGGCAUUUCGCAGUAUUUGCUAUUAGUUUUCCAAACCUAGACUCCUUGACGACUAUCUAUACCUCGAUUUUGUCGCAGCAUCUCGCAAACGUGGAGCACAGGUUUCCUCUGACUGUCACCGACUUGUGUCCCAACAUCGUACAAGCAGCCAUUCAGCUGCAUCAUCGAUGCGCUCAAAUGUUCCUACCGACAGCCGUAAAGUUUCAUUACAUCUUCAAUCUUCGCGAACUUUCUAACUGUUUUCAAGGUCUGUUAUUCAGCGGCAACGAGUGUUUGCCGGCUUCGGUCGAUCUAAUUAGACUCUGGAUGCACGAGACUCAGCGUGUCUACGGAGAUAAACUAACGGAUGAAAAAGAUAUCGAAAGUUUUUUGAAAUUGCAACUUGAUAUCUUGAAGAAAAAUGUAGAGGAAGUGGAUGAGGGCGCGAUUCUGGAAAAGCCGAACAUCUAUUGCCAUUUUGCAGGAGGCGUCGGAGAACCAAAAUAUAUGCCCGUUAACGAUUGGGCGACUUUACAUCGAUUGUUGUCAGAAGCAAUGGUCAGUUAUAACGAUUUGGUGGCGGCCAUGAAUUUGGUACUUUUCGAGGACGCUAUGAUGCACGUAUGUCGCGUAAAUAGGAUCCUGGAAUCACCCAGAGGCAGCGCACUCUUAGUAGGCGUGGGUGGUUCCGGCAAACAAAGUCUCUCGCGAUUAGCAGCCUUCAUAAGCUCAUUGGAAGUCUUCCAAGUUCAGCUGAAGAAAGGCUACGGUGUAACCGACCUGAAAUUAGAACUCGCCGCUCUUUAUACAAAAGCAGGUUUAAAAAAUUUGGGCAUUAUGUUUUUGAUGACGGACGCACAAGUGCCGAACGAGGAAUUUCUAGUACUCAUCAAUGAUAUGCUCGCAUCGGGAGAAGUGCCCGACUUAUUUGCCGAGGACGAAGUAGAAAAUAUAAUAGCAGGAGUUCGUAAUGAAGUAAAAGGCGCAGGCAUGUUAGACACACGUGAAAACUGCUGGAAAUUCUUUAUCGAUCGCGUCCGCCGACAACUCAGAAUAGUGUUGUGCUUUUCUCCGGUCGGCUCCACGUUGCGAGUCAGAUCCAGAAAGUUUCCGGCAAUUAUAAAUUGCACGAUGAUAAACUGGUUUCACGAAUGGCCUCAGGAGGCAUUAAUGUCCGUAUCGAAGAGAUUCUUACAGGAGCUGGAGGAGCUGCCGGAAACCUACAGAGAGUCAGCUGCCAAAUUCAUGGCCCACGCGCAUACCAGCGUAAAUAUAGCCAGUCGUCAUUAUUUAAGCAGCGAGCGUCGUUAUAAUUACACGACUCCAAAAUCGUUUCUGGAGCAGAUAAGUUUGUACAUCAGGCUGUUAAAAACGAAGACCGCCGAGCUGCGUGCCAGAGUGGCCAGACUGGAAAAUGGCUUGGACAAAUUGAGAUCAACGGCUGUGCAGGUGGACAAGUUGAAGGAGAAGUUGGCUGUGCAGGAGGUGGAAUUACAGCAGAAGAACGACGCUGCAGACGCUUUAAUCGCUAUAGUCGGCAUCGAGACGGAGAAAGUUCAGAAAGAAAAGGCUUUAGCGGACGAGGAGGAGUCGAAAGUGGCCAUGAUAGCCGAGGAAGUUUCAAAGAAGCAAAAAGAUUGCGAGGCGGAUUUACUGAAGGCCGAGCCCGCUUUGCUGGCCGCGCAGGAAGCUCUGAAUACUCUGAACAAGGCAAAUCUAACAGAAUUAAAGUUGUUCGGCUCGCCUCCCGGCGCCGUGACGAAUGUUACUGCUGCGGUCAUGGUCCUUUUGGCACCAGCUGGCAAAGUACCUAAGGAUCGUAGCUGGAAGGCUGCCAAGAUUGUGAUGGCGAAAGUGGACACCUUUUUGGAUGCGUUGAUCAAUUAUGACAAGGAGAACAUACAUCCCGAAGUAAUUAAAGCGAUACAGCCGUAUCUCAAGGACUCUGAAUUCGAACCUGAGUUCGUAAGGUCCAAGUCAGCCGCCGCAGCGGGAUUAUGCGCCUGGGUGAUCAAUAUUAUCAAGUUCUACGAAGUCUUUUGCGACGUAGAACCGAAACGAAAGGCACUCGCGCACGCGAACGCCGAACUGGCCGCAGCGCAGGAGAAACUUAGCGGUAUCAAGCGAAAAGUGGCUUCCUUAGAAGAACAGUUGGCGAAGUUAACGGCGGACUUCGAGCAAGCGACGUCCGAGAAGUUGAAAUGUCAACAGGAAGCAGACGCCACGAAUUCGACGAUCGCAUUAGCGAACAGAUUAGUCGGCGGUCUGGCGUCUGAAAACGUUCGUUGGGCUGAUUCGGUGGCCAACUUUAUGCUGCAAGCGUCGACGAUGCCCGGCGACGUAUUACUGGUGACGGCGUUCAUAUCUUACGUGGGUUGUUUCACUAAGCAAUUUCGCCAGGAUUUGCUGCACAAGCAAUGGUUACCCUACAUGCGUAUGAUAGAACCGAUUAUUCCGAUUACCGAAGGCUUAGAUCCACUAUCGCUGCUGACGGACGACACGCAGAUCGCCAAAUGGAACAACGAAGGAUUGCCGAACGAUCGAAUGUCAACGGAGAACGCCACGAUAUUGACCAAUUCCGAUCGUUGGCCGCUAAUGAUAGAUCCGCAACUUCAGGGAAUAAAGUGGAUUAAAGAGAAGUACGGAGAUGAGCUAAAAGUGAUCAGAUUGGGUCAACGUGGUUACUUGGACGUGAUCGAGUUAUCGUUAGCGAACGGAUCCACGGUUCUGCUGGAAAACAUCGGCGAAACAGUGGAUCCCGUUUUGGAUCCUCUGCUCGGCCGAAAUUUAAUCAAGAAGGGCCGAGCUAUUAAGAUCGGCGAUAAGGAGGUGGAAUACAAUUCCAUGUUCAGAUUGCUGCUGCAUACGAAGCUGGCUAAUCCUCAUUACAAGCCGGAAAUGCAGGCGCAAACCACGCUGAUUAAUUUCACGGUGACGAGGGACGGCUUGGAGGAUCAAUUGCUCGCGGAAGUGGUUAAGGCGGAGAGGCCAGAUUUGGAGGAAUUAAAGGCAGAGCUUACCAGACAGCAGAAUGACUUUAAGAUUACGCUCAAUAGUCUCGAAGACUCACUUCUCUCGAGACUAUCGUCAGCUGGUAGCAAUGUUCUCGGAGACACGUCUCUCGUAGAGAAUCUAGAGACCACCAAGCGCACCGCCGCAGAUAUCGAAGCCAAGGUUACGGAGGCUCGCGGCACGAGUCAACAGAUCGACGCGGCACGAGAAUUGUAUCGACCAGCAGCUGCGAGAGCCUCGUUGCUGUACUUCAUUCUAAACGACUUGAAUACAAUCAAUCCUAUCUAUCAGUUUUCGUUGAAGGCCUUUAGCGUCGUCUUUCAGAAAGCAAUCUUGAAGGCGGAUCCCGCGCCCGAUGUUACGGGCAGAGUGCAGAAUCUGAUCGAGUGCAUCACAUAUUCAGUCUUCAUGUACACGAGCAGAGGGCUAGGGCUGUUUGAGUGCGACAAGCUGAUCUUCGCCUCGCAAAUGGCGUUCCAAAUUUUAUUGACGAGGAACGAAGUUACGGCCAGCGAGCUGGACUUUCUCCUAAGAUUUCCUAUAACGCCGCACGUCACCUCGCCGGUCGAUUUUCUCACCAACACCAGUUGGGGCGGCAUAAGAAGCCUCGCUACGAGGGAAGAGUUUCGGAAUUUGGACCGGGAUAUCGAGAGCUCCGUCAAGCGCUGGAAAAAGUUCGUCGAGUGCGAAUGCCCGGAGCGCGAGAAGUUUCCCCAGGAGUGGAAGAAUAAAACGGCUAUACAACGUCUAUGCAUGCUGAGAGCUCUGAGACCGGACAGGAUGACAUACGCCAUUGCUGCAUUUAUCGAGGAAAAGCUCGGUGGGAAAUACAUCGAAGCGAGAACAGUGGAGUUUGCAAAAUCUUACGAGGAAACCAGCCCGAGCACCCCGAUUUUCUUUAUUCUGUCACCUGGAGUUAAUCCAUUAAAGGAUGUGGAAGAUCUAGGUCGACGCCUUGGUUUCACGUCGGAUAAUCAAAACUUCCAUAAUGUAUCUCUUGGUCAAGGACAAGAGACAGUGGCCGAGCAGGCUAUGGAUGUGGCCUCAAAAAAUGGUCACUGGGUGGUAUUGCAAAAUAUACAUUUGGUAAAAAAGUGGUUGCCAUUACUGGAGAAAAAAUUGGAAAUGGCCGCGGAAGGUUCUCAUGCCGAUUACAGAAUGUUUAUGAGCGCAGAACCGGCUAGCACGCCAGCCGGCCAUAUAAUACCUCAAGGUAUUCUGGAAUCAUCAAUUAAAAUCACAAAUGAACCGCCCACCGGUAUGCAAGCUAAUUUGCAUAAAGCUCUGGACAAUUUUACUCAAGAGACUUUAGAAAUGUGCACCAAAGAAGCCGAGUUCAAAGCAAUUUUAUUCUCUUUGUGUUACUUCCACGCUGUCGUUGCGGAACGUCGUAAAUUCGGACCCCAAGGUUGGAAUAAAAUAUAUCCCUUCAACGUGGGAGAUCUGAACAUCAGUGUCAGUGUUCUCUAUAAUUAUUUAGAAGCGAGUCCAAAAGUCCCUUGGGAAGAUUUAAGAUAUCUUUUUGGAGAAAUCAUGUAUGGCGGUCACAUAACGGACGAUUGGGACAGAAGACUUUGCGUAUCCUAUCUGGAAGAAUUAAUGCAGCCUGAUCUGAUAGAUGGGGAGUUGCAGCUCGCACCAGGUUUCCCCGCGCCUCCAAGCACGGAUUUAGUCGGUUAUCAUACGUACAUCGACGAAGCCAUACCGGCGGAAUCUCCGUAUUUAUACGGAUUACAUCCGAAUGCGGAGAUCGGCUUCCUGACGAUGACAGCCGAGAAUCUGUUCAAAACGGUCUUCGAGAUGCAGCCACGCGAUACUGGUGGCUCGGGAGGUCAAACCGUCACCAGAGAAGAAAAGGUGAAACAAGUGCUGGACGAAAUAAUAGAGAAGCUACCCGAAGAGUUCAAUAUGACGGAAAUUAUGGGGAAGGUGGAAGAGCGCACGCCUUAUGUGAUUGUCGCCUUUCAAGAGUGCGAGAGAAUGAACUAUCUGACGACGGAGCUGAAACGAUCGUUGCGCGAGCUAGAUUUAGGUCUCAAAGGUGAACUCACCAUAACGUCGGACAUGGAGAAUCUGGAGAACGCGUUGUUCUUCGAUCAGGUUCCACCCGUGUGGGCCAGCAGGGCUUAUCCGUCUUUGUUGGGUUUAACCGCUUGGUUCGUCGACUUGCUGCUUAGAAUCCGAGAGCUAGAAACAUGGUCCACGGAUUUCGUCUUACCGGCAUCGGUGUGGCUCGCCGGGUUCUUUAAUCCCCAGUCGCUGCUCACCGCCAUUAUGCAAUCGACAGCUAGGCGACACGAGUUACCGCUCGAUAAAAUGUGCCUCCAAUGCGACGUGACUAAGAAAAACAAGGAGGAAUUCACGUCAGCUCCGAGGGACGGGGCCUACGUCCAUGGAAUAUUUAUGGAAGGAGCGCGAUGGGACGUCCAAACUGGAAUCAUCGUCGACUCUCGGCCCAAGGAAUUAUAUCCGGCGAUGCCGGUGAUUAAUGUACGUGCGAUCACGCAGGACAAACAGGAUUUGAGGAACAUGUACGAAUGCCCGGUGUACAAGACACGUACGCGUGGCCCGACAUAUGUGUGGACGUUUAAUUUGAAAACGAAGGACAAACCGGCUAAAUGGACGUUGGCCGGCGUUGCUCUCUUGCUGCAAACUUAAAUAAAACGAUUACCGUUAUUUAGUAGUUAAUUGAUGAUAAAGCGAUCUCAUUAAGCGUUUCUCUGAUACUUUUGCAGAUCAGCUUCAUUACACAAAUAAGGUGGUAUUUUUAUCUUUGUUGUGUCAUCUUGCAAAAACUACAAGACUUGCAAGAAUUGCAAAUGAUUAAUUAAAAUUAAUAUAAUUAUUUUUUUGCAGCACUUCCUCUUUUUUCUCUCAAUCUUGAUAUUCUAAUAAAAAUAUACGAUUCGAUGUGCUUAGAUAAUUCAGAGAAGUGAUUAAUAAUAAAAAGAUAUUGCACGAAUCUAAUAAUAAAAAGUAGAGAAUGAUAUUAAUGUGAU